CUGCACACUGAGAACGUCUAAGCAAAGGAUCAAAGGUCACCGUUUUCUGCUCAAGGUCUACUAUUUCGUAAACCGACUCAGAACGACACACGACCAAAAUCCCACGAUAGGUUGAAUACAGCAGAAAUCGGAUUGUGAAACGUUGAAUCAGUCAUGGCUUCUGUUGUAGCUGCGGCUGGCAUCGUUACCACUGUAGUUGUAACUGCUGGCAUCUACAUAAGGCUACGCUUCCCCACCAUAUUGUCGGACCUCCAAUUCAUUCGACUAAUCGCUGGCGUGAUACUAGAGAGGAAAAAGUUUGCAAAAACAUGCUACACCGUGAUAGACUUGUUCAUGGAAAGCGUUGAUAGACAUCCGACGAAACCAUUGAUUUUAUCGGAGGACAAGUCAUUGACAUAUGAAGAAGUAGAUAAGCUCUCCAAUAGAUUUGCCCACUAUGUCCGUAAGGAUGGUACUUUGAAGGUGAAAGAUGUUGUAGCGGUGUUGAUGCAUAACGGACCAGAAUUAUGCUGGACCAGCCUAGGUCUUGGCAAAUUAGGCAUUACCGGUGCCUUGAUUAAUUUCAAUUUGAGGUCAAAUGCAUUACUGCAUUGUAUUAAAGUUAGCAAAGCUUCUAUUGUCAUCUGUGAAGCUGACGCAGGUCUUAUCGAUGCACUAACCGAUAUCGAAUCUGGAUUAGAUGGGCUAGGCAUACAGGUAUGGUUGAUCGGUAAACAGGUAGAGCACCCUGUGACACCUCGAAUGAAACAUAUUUCGUGGGAUGUACAGUCACAGCCUGAUCAUAGACCGUCAAGACACCUUCGGGAUGGCUUGGAAUUAAGUGAUUCUGCCCUGUACAUCUACACCUCAGGAACCACAGGCCUACCAAAACCAGUUCGAAUUACGUGGAACAAGCUCCAUGGUGGAUCAUACAUUUUGACUAUUUAUAAUAAAGGCCCAGAUAACGUCGUUUACAGUCCGUUACCGAUGUACCACAGUGCUAGCUAUAUCAUCGGCUUCAUGGGCGUAAUCAGGAUCGGUAUGACUCUUGCAUUGAGAAAGAAAUUCUCCGUGAGAUAUUUCUGGGACGAUGUGCGAAAGUACAAUGCUACGAUCAUCCAAUAUAUUGGGGAGACCUGCCGUUAUCUUCUGGACGCUCCUAAGAGUCCAAGUGACGGCGUUUACGACCAUACUAUUGAACUAGCAAUUGGAAAUGGCUUGCGUGCCAAUAUCUGGACAGAAUUUCAGACGCGCUUCAACAUUCAACAGAUUGGAGAAUUCUAUGGUUCCACGGAGGGCAAUCAAUUGACCUUUAACCUUGAUGGAAAAGUCGGUUCAUGCGGACGACAAACCAAUUUUAUGAGGAUGUUGACAGGUACUUUUGAAGUCCUUGAGUGUAACGUGGAGACAUCAGAGCCCAUCAGGAGGAGUGACGGUCUGUGUACUAUACUUCCGCCAGGUGAGGCGGGACUGCUAGUCAGCAAAGUGACGUCGACAUCACCAGUAGAUGGAUAUGCAGCACCAAAAGCUGUCAAUGAGAAGAAGUUGAUUCGAAAUGUCAAGAAGCCUCUUGAUGAGUAUUUUAAUUUCGGAGAUAUAUUGUUAAUCGAUAAAGAAGGCUACUUAUACUUUAAGGAUCGCCUUGGGGAUACCUUCAGGUGGAAAGGAGAGAACGUAGCAACCACGGAGGUCGACAAUGUCCUGACAGACUUCCCAGACAUAAUAGUGGCAAAUACGUACGGCGUUGAAGUGAAAGGAAAUGAAGGAAGAGCUGGCAUGAGCUGUGUUGUGUCGUCUAGUUGCAGUGAGAACAUGUUAAGUCAGUUGUAUGUUCACUUGACGGAAAGACUUCCAGCUUACGCAUGUCCAAAAUUCCUGCGCUUUGUCAAAGAAAUGCCAGUGACUGGAACGUAUAAGCACCGUAAGGUUGAGCUUCUCAAAGAAGGAUUCGACCCACAAAUCGUUGAAGAUCCCAUGUAUUUUUUUGACCAAACUGCUAAAUCGUACUCGUUAUUGGACAUGCCGGCCUUUGAAAAGAUUUUGCGAGGAGAAGUUCGCUUGUAAAUAAUUUUCAGAUUUGAAAUGCCUUAUUGAAUAAGAUACACACCAAAACUGACCAAUUAUAUAUUUUUAAGAUUUUUAUAGUUAUUGUUUGUUAAUGAAGUGUAUUGUGAAUCAUAUUUUCAGUGAAGGAAAGAAUAUCAAUAAGGUACUGAACUCUAUACGUCUCACCAAUUUUGUGCCUAUAUAGUGUGUGUAAGUCUACAUUUACUUAUUUUUAUUUAAUUUUUCACAAACAAAUAUUAAUGAUAUAAACAGCAAACAUAAAAAAUGUCUCCGACUUAUAGUGAAUUCCAUAGAAAAUUUAAAAUCUUCGUUUUUUGACUUGAUAACUUAACUGCUAGCAGAUAUAUACAUAUAAUAAUACGCCUACUACAAACUAAUAAAAAGGGUACAAAACAAGUAUGUACAAAUGACAUAAUAAAUUACAUAUUAUUGGAUCUAUAUUUUUAAUGUUAUUACUUGAAACUCAUCGUAUAUUCGAAGAAUUUUUUUUUUUAACGAGACAAGUAUUUGUACAAGUUCAUGUAUCGGUAUCCAAAUAGUUUUUCGUUCUUCAUACAACCUAUGUUAUCUUGUAUUUUAUUUAAGUUUAUGGAAAUUAGGAGAAUUUAUAUAAAUGUUCUAUUGACAAGUAUGAAGUUAUCUUUAACAAGAGAAUAAUGAAAAAUGAUGCGUAUAAAAUUAACGAUCAUAAAAACGAUCAAACAUAAUGCGUACAGUAUUACCAAUAAAUUAGAACCUCCUCCUUUUGGGACCCAUCAAUUUAGGGAACACUUUUUUUUUUAAGUGUGAAUUGAGAGCCAGAAAUGAAUCUUUUAACACUAUGGCUAACCCCUAAGGGGACACUUUGUUCGGUUCUGAAGGUGUCCCCUUAGUAGGGGUUUUACUGUACUUGAAUAUCACUAGGUCAACAAACUGUUUACAGCACAUACCGAGAACAAUCAGACACAAUAUUUUGAACAGACAAUAUGCAAUUAAUUUUUAAUCAAGUUGAGAAGCUUGUUCAAUAUAAAUCUAUUUUUCUCCCGUAGGUACUAAGUAUGUUUUUAUAUCUCUAUAUAUAUAUAUAAGUCUCAUAAUAGUAAGAGUUGAUUUAAUCUUGAAAUUAUUUUCUUUCUUAAUUAUCUGUAAUUUCCAAACAUUUAGAUGAAUAAAGUGAUGUCUAUGUCUAAGAUAAAUCUCCAAAUUAUGUUACGGGUUUCUGUUGUAAAAUAUCGAUUCUAUUAUAUUAUAUAUUAUUCUAAUGAAAGCUAGAAAAUAAUUACGAUAUUUAUAUUGUAAGUAUUAACCACUUAUUAUGUAAUGGGUCUACAGUCUAUAUCACGAUUGACGUGAAGAUAUGUGUUUGUUAUUCAAAUUAAUAUUGAAGCCACGUUUAUAUACAUACAUAUAAAUAAUGAUGUGAAAACGCAUAUCCAUGCAUAUACGUAAAGCAUGCAUAACAUAUGCAUAUGCAUAAUGCAAUAUGUACCAAACAAAGAUAGUACCUGUACUAAUAUGGAGUGUAUCAUGUCAAUUCAAUAGAAAACAGACAAUAUGCAAUUAAUUUUUAAUAAAGUUGAGAAGCUUGUUCAAUAUAAAUCUAUUUUUCUCCUGUAGGUACUAAGUAUGUUUUUAUAUCUCUCUAUAUAUAUAUGUCUCAUAAUAGUAAGAGUUGAUUUAAUCUUGAAAUUAUUUUCUUUUUUAAUUAUCUGUAAUUUCCAAACAUUUAGAUGAAUAAAGUGAUGUCUAUGUCUAAGAUAAAUCUCCAAAUUAUGUUACGGGUUUCUGUUGUAAAAUAUCGAUUCUAUUAUAUUAUAUAUUAUUCUAAUAAAAGCUAGAAAAAAAUUACGAUAUUUAUAUUGUAACUAUUAACCACUUAUUAAGUAAUGGGUCUACAGUACAUAUCACGAUUGACGUGAAGAUAUGUGUUUGUUAUUCAAAUUAAUAUUGAAGCCACGUUUAUAUACAUACAUAUAAAUAAUGAUGUGAAAA